AUGGAUGGCUUCGAAAGACUUCGGCCCGUUGGUAGACUGGAGCGCUGGUCAACAGCUCAACAUGGCCUGAAGUUCUAUUUCAACGUUGCAUUGACGGCCUCAUACCAGCUUCCCGAGGGCUGCUCCUCACCCUUGAAACACUACAUCUAUGAUGCAUGCCGGGUAGCGGUGGGACGACAUCCCAUCCUCUCAGCCAUCCCAGUGGACGAAGACACCAACGAGCCACACUUCGUCCGUUUGCCAAAAAUCGACCUUGACCGCUGUGUGUCCUUCCACGAACGUCAGCAUGAGGCGCUCCAAGGACCCAACGACGCUGCCGCUGGCCCAGGAUCGGACACGAACAGGGACACCGACCUGGAUGCCCUUCUGACCACGCAGCACAACAUUUCUUUUGCACCACCGCACCCAUUCUGGCGCCUAUGCGUGUUGACCGACGCCGCACAUCCGCACAGGCUUACCGCGGCUUUCGUGUUCCAUCAUGCUCUGGGCGACGGGAACUCGGCGGUGGCGUUCCACCGAACUCUCUGCCAGGCAUUAUCGGAAGCUGUUUCCACCGUGUCGGACAAGACCGUGCCAACAAUCAUUCCAUCGCCUUCAACUGCCUUACUCCCAAAUGUGGAAGCCCUCCAUCCGAUGCCAUUAUCGAUCUCCUAUCUCCUCACGGUUCUCUUCAAGGAGAAAAUCUGGUCGAGUCGCGACCCAGGCCUCUGGACCGGCUCAAAGAUCCAAUUGCCGCUCGUGAAUCGAGUGCACCAUCUCGCUUUCUCCCAACCUAGCACGACUAGUUUCGUCAACGCCUGUCGUGCAAAUGGCACCACCGUCACGGCUGGCUUGCAGACGGUUAUUGCGGGUGCCCUGUUCGCUCAUCUUCCAGAUACCUUCACCACGUUGAACUGCGGCGCAGUCAUAUCUACUCGUCGCUGGCUGCCCCCAGAUGUGAUCGAUGACGACUCCAUGGGUGUCUACUUCCAAGAUUGUACGGAGGAUUACCGACGACAAGACUUCCGCACGGAAAUGCUGCCUUGGGAUGAAGCACGAAGGUCUCGAAAGACGCUGGAGACCGUGUUGAGUCUGAAAGGGAAGAAUGCUACCCCAAACCUGCUGCGCUAUGUCAACAAUUAUCAAAAAGAGAUUUUCCUGCCUAAAAUCAGCAAGGACCGAGAUUCCAGCUACGAAGUGUCCAAUCUGGGCGUGGUCAAAGGUACCAAAGGCAAAGAAGAGGGAGGCUCAGGUGUCGAGAUGGGCAGGAUGGUGUUCACGCAGAGCGCAGUUGUAACAGGGAGAGCCAUUGAGGUCUCUGUUGUCACGGGCCAGGAUGGUUGUUUGGUCCUGGGCUUUACCUGGCAGAAAGGCGUGGUUGAGGAUACCUUAAUGGAGCAGGUCAUAAGCGGCGUGGAAGAGGAGGUUCAACGUUUGGCACAAGUAUGA